ACACUUGCAACCAUGAUGCCUAAGCAUUGCCUUCUAGGUCUCCUCAUCAUACUCUUGAGCAGUGCAACAGAAAUACAACCAGCUCGUGUAUCUCUGACGCCCCAGAAGGUCCGAUUUCAGUCCAGAAAUUUCCACAAUAUUUUGCACUGGCAAGCAGGGAGCUCUCUCCCCAGCAACAACAGCAUCUACUUUGUGCAGUACAAGAUGUAUGGACAGAGCCAAUGGGAAGAUAAAGUUGACUGCUGGGGGACCACGGCGCUCUUCUGUGACCUGACCAAUGAAACCUUAGACCCAUACGAGCUGUAUUACGGGAGGGUGAUGACGGCCUGUGCUGGACGCCACUCUGCCUGGACCAGGACACCCCGCUUCACUCCAUGGUGGGAAACAAAACUAGAUCCUCCGGUCGUGACUAUAACCCGAGUUAACGCAUCUUUGCGGGUGCUUCUCCGUCCUCCAGAGUUGCCAAAUAGAAACCAAAGUGGAAAAAAUGCAUCCAUGGAAACUUACUACGGCUUAGUAUACAGAGUUUUCACAAUCAACAAUUCACUAGAGAAGGAGCAAAAAGCCUAUGAAGGAACUCAGAGAGCUGUUGAAAUUGAAGGUCUGAUACCUCAUUCCAGCUACUGCGUAGUGGCUGAAAUGUACCAGCCCAUGUUUGACAGAAGAAGCCCAAGAAGCAAGGAGAGAUGUGUGCACAUUCCAUGAACUGGUCUGAGGCGCUAAAACCGGAAGCAUAUUGAGAACGGGAUGUCUUCUGCCUAGAACAGCUUACUAAACUUCUGUUUUGAUUUUCUUAGAGCAAUGUCUACCCACACUUUUCAAGGAUUUCUUUGUCAGUACUUUCUUUUCUGUUUAUUUCAGUUAUAAAGUAAAUUUGAACAGAUUCAAAAAUAGAAUUUAAAGAGAAGGUAAAGAAUAAAGAUCUUGUGGUAAGGCACAUCUUUAAUCCCAGCAUUGAAAGGCAGAAUCAGUCAGAUCUCUGACUUUUGGGCCAACCUGGUCUGCAUAGAGAGUUCCAGGCUAGCCAGGGCCACACAAUGAGACCAUGCAUCAACAUGAUAAGAUGUUAAGAUAGAAAUGUUCUAUAAAAAAUGGAAGCUUAUCUGAAUAUAUCAACCCUAACAAUAAUCUUUUUUCUGGUUUAACCCUCAAAUAAGAAUCAAUUAAUAGUAGGCAUUUAAUAAAUGUUGUAAUAAGUUUUAAAGUAUUAUAUAUAGAAAAUCCUGCAACAAUAAUUUUAUACUCUAUUAAGCCUUUUACUUUGCCAGAGAUACACUGAUUUAAUAUUUUGUGUGAAUGAGUAUACUUCUGUGCAUUUCUAUUUUAUAUUAAUGUCUUUUUUAUUUCUUAUAAGGUAUUUCUACUUAGUGAACUAUCUCUCUAAAAAUAAACUUGUGGCUCUGAAUUGAUCUCUAGAAUAAGAUUUUCAAUAAUAGCAUGUAAAUAUCGAAGAAAAUCUUCAUAAUGCAAUUUCCCAUCACUUAACACAUAAUCUUAGUAAGAAUACCCUUUCUGGUUUUGCUUUUAAUAGUGCCUUAGAAUUUAACCUAUGUUGUCUAAAUGCAGCAUAUAUUUUUCAGCAGCAAAGACAGAAGAAACAUAUAAGCCACAGUGAUAACUCAGCCAUUCAGGCAAAGUGGCCUCUCUGUCCACAGAAUGAGAGUUGGGCUGGAGACACUGGAGUCCAUACAGGAACCUUGACUUGAAGCCAAAGGCACACAGUGGAUGCUUAAAUUAUUUCUGAGAUUAUAAGGAAACUCACAGCCCUGUGGACUACACUGCAUCUCCUGAGCAAUGAUCAGGUGGCCUAAGGCUCAAAAAGUGACCAGCUUUUCUAAGCCUUUCUCUAGCUCUUGAGCUUAGACUAUCAGCUACUGAAAAUACAUGUAGGAGAGAACAUUUGUGAUCUUCAUGAAAGAUGCUCCAAAAUAUAACUCUGAAAAGUAUAGUCGGUACGUCUGUCUUCUUACGUUUUUUAAUGGUAAAUGGUCACAGACCAUUAAGAACAUAAGAGACAUGUGAAAAGCAAGAGCAUUGUCCUGGCUGUCCUGUGUGUUCAGAAAACACUGGCCUUCAUUCUUAUUUUUGAAUUAUUCAAUUUUUAUUUCUUUUGUGGCUUAGUACCUGCUUGGGAAUUCUUUGGGUUUUUUGUUCGUUGUUUGUUUAUUUUCUAUUUUGUACUUUGGGAAGGGUGAGACUUGAGAAGGAUAACUCCUCUUUGGGAAUCAGGACCAUGUGUGGUCCCAGCAUUUAGGUUGUAAGACUCAGUAGUCUAAUUCCUCAUAAUACAAAAGGCAAUUGUUGGUUUAUGAGUGUUGUCAGCAAUCAGAGUUUUGCUUUGACUUUGUUUGCUUGGGUUUUCCCUCACACAAGUAUAAGAUGCUUUGAAAUAUAUUAUGAUUUUCACAUUCUGGAUCAUGUUAAGAAUAUAUUGUCUAAGUACUUCAAUAAAUCUUACUUUGUACUUU